AAACCCGGCGGCGCCCCGCCUUGCCAAUUCGCGACCACAAAAUUCCACGAUGCGUGGCUUUUUCUUGGCGGGGAGCGAGGGGGACGGCCGGCAAUUUUCGUUGGCUGCUGUACCUGCUCCGACGGACCAAUUGUGGGUGUCGGCAUUGUGGUCCAGCCCCCGUUGUUGUGGGCUCCAUUGUUAUCCGGACAAUGGUUGGUCGCCGCGGGGGAGGCGUCUCCCUAUUGGUCGGCCAUUGUGGCCCCGCGCGCGCUGAUUGGCUGCGCGCCGCCACGUUUUGUUAUGGGGGAACAGUGCGGUGACGUCACGCGCAGCGGCGCCCGCCACUGACGGGAAUCCGUAAGAAUACUCAGUGUGGCCGGCAUUGGCUGUGGAACAACACGGGGGCGGCUGCGCGCAUUGUUCGCGGGCUGCACACUCACACACGGAGCUCACUCUGUGCCGCGACACGCCCGACGACACACUAUGUGUUGACGUGCUACACCAGCGCUCUGUGCUGCACCACCAGCAGGACCACACAUUGUUUACAGCGGAGCGACGCACAACCCGGACGGCGCGGGGCCGACGGAGGCGGAGUGUCACACAGAUCGAUAAUGUCGUCGAAGAGGAAGUCUCUGCCCAGUAAGGUUCUCGACGCUUACCCGGACACCGGAGACAUGCUUGUGGAGGACACGCCCAACCUCGUCACCACCACCGCCGGGGACUCUGACAACUCGGCGGCGGGGUCAGAGUUCAGCUACGGGGAGGAGGGCACCGUGGGCAUGUCCCCGCCGCGGUGGUCAGACCCCGAGGUGACGGCGCCCACCAGCACGGCGGACGCCAAGAGGAGUCGCCGUGAGAGUUCCGCUGACUCCGAUGACCUGGCGCACCUUCACCCCUUCGCCAACCCGUUCUUCCAGGCGCGGCUACAGGAGGCGCGGCUGCAGCAGGAGCAUGCCAGGCUGCUGCAGGAGGCUGCCAGACACGAGCAGCAGCAGCAACAACAGCAACAACAACAGCAGCAGCAACAACAACAGCAGCAGCAACAACAACAACAGCAACAGCAACAGCAACAACAGCAACAACAACAGCAACAACACCUACAUCAUCAACAACAACAGCUGCAGCACCACUUACAACAACAGCAUCAGCAACACCUUCAUGCGCAACAACAACAACAGCAGCAGCAACAGCAACAACAACAGCAACAACAACAACAACAACAGCAACAACAACAGCAACAGCAGCUACAGCAACAGCAGCACCACCACCACCACCAGCCGCCGCCGCCACAGCCGCCGCCUCCCCCGCAGCCCGGCAGGAACUCCCUCUCACCGCUGACGGAGGUGGAGCGCGGCGGCCUGCUGGUCAAUGCGGCCCGCAAGUCGAUGGACGACGUGCUAAAGCGGCUCACCUCCAAAAUGAGUCACAGCACCCUGGACGACGCCGAGCAGGGCAAGAGGGAGCGGGAAGGCAGUGCCAAGGCCCCAGAGUCCCGCGUGCCUCAGUCCAGCCCGCCAGUGACCUCCUCGGGGGCGGCGCGGCGACCAUGACUGACCCGCUCGCCUCCAUGACGCAGCUGCUCAACACGGACCCUGAGGAGCUGCAGAACCACGAGAAGCGAAUUACCGAAAUGAUCAACCAACUACAGAAGAUCCGAGACUUCAUCCGCACGCCGCGACCCCAGGAGACCCCGCUG